AUGACAUCUGAGGAUGCACAAGCGGGUGUUGAUGCUUCUGCAGAGUUGAACCUCUCGUGUGUAGCAACUUACAAUGCCCCAAAUAUAUCGACAUCCACACAAAGUGAUGUAUCGACUCAGUUACAGACAAUAGACUCCAACUUUUUUAAGAGUGCGGAAUGGCCGCCAGAUCUACUCGAGGAGAGAGAAAAGCCUCUCGACAUAGACGCUUAUUCAACAAUACCAUCCACAGAGCCGGUAAAUGCAACCGCAAUAUAUCCUUUCUUUUCUCUUCAGGAUCCCUCUACAGCACUCAUACUAGCUUCGGUUCGAGACCACCCAAUCAGGCUAUCAUCGGCGUUGUCCCCACAGACGCUGGGCACUUACUCUUUGGUAAAUCCAUCGACCGAAGCUUUUAUUUCACCGCAUUCAAUCUUGUAUCCGUCCCAUCUCGGGGGCUCUCGUUUUAUUACAGGGUCCGAUUGCUUAGUAUGCAUUUUUGAUGUUUCGCGCACAGGGAAUGAAGGGCCAAUCUCUCGGUUACCGACGAUCCCAAGUAAACGAAAGCAGAUCGUUGGUGGUGGUGUCGGUAUGAAAGGAAUUGUCUCUGCGCUUGCUAUGAAUCCUGCCCAGGACGGGAUACUAGCUGCUGGUACAUUUACCAGACACAUUGCUUUGUAUGGCGCCAGAGGGAGUGGUGAGCUCAUCGGAACAUUUAGCGUUGCAAAAUCCGAGGCCGACAAGCACAUAGGAGGUACGGGGAUUACGCAGCUGCUGUGGAGUCCGUGCGGAAAAUACUUGUAUGUGGUUGAACGUAAAAGUAAAGGCAUCCUGGUAUACGAUAUCCGAGUCACGGGUCAACUUCUAGGAUGGCUUGAGGGGAGGGAAGCUAUCAGCAACCAGCGAAUGAAAGCAGAUGUUAUUUCUACUGGUGAAGAUGGCUCGCAUGAGGUAUGGGCUGGAGGAACAGAUGGCGGUGUACGCAUGUGGAGGAAUCCCCAUGUCAGUGUUGGUAGCAGCGAACCGGAUUUUACUUUCAAAUUGCAUGAUGAGCCGAUUACAAGCUCGGUAUUUCAUCCAGGCGGCAGUGUUUUAGCAACAUGCUCAGGGCAAAAACAAUUUCCUGCUUAUGAUGUCGGUGAUGGCGAUGUUCAAAAAUCAGUCUACUUGAAAGGCGAUAACUCUUUGAAGAUAUGGACACUUUGA